GCAUUUGAACGCAUACGCCGCAUAUUGCGGAGACAUGGACAAGAAGGUGGAGAUGACGAUUCCGCUGUGAGUAAGACUCAGUGGGAGAUCUUGGGCAAAGCGGUUUGUGUAGGGGCCUGGAAGCGGCUUCAUUCUUUGGGUGGCUUGGCUGCUCGCCGUGGUGAUGUUGUUCCGCCAGUCGAUCAGCGAUUUUUGAAGAAGGGAAUCCCUGCUGCUCAAUCCAGGGAUUCUGACACAUCCCGGGCCAGGAUCAUAUCGUUCCUCCGUCAGCUGUAUGAAAGCGUCGCCGAGACCCUGCCGGAUGUGCGGGACGAUUCCUAUGAGUUUGACAAUGCAAGCGUGGUGUUGGACAUACCUGAACUUAGUGAUCCUUACGCAGAGGCUAUGAGCCAGAAGAGCCAGGACAUCAAGCCCAUGGCAGAUUCAAGCGUGAGGGGUGGAAAGCGAAAGAUUCGCAAGAAGAAGCGGUCUGUUGUGAUAAGUUCAGAGCGGAAAGCGGAGGAGGACCGCUACCUACCGACCAAACAUUUCAUGGCGGACACAGACUACAAUUUCUCAGCGGUGUACUUCCCCUACGAAGUGGCUCGAGUUCGGCUUCCGCUGGGGCUGCCAACGGGGGUGGCUCCCAGAAAGGAGAUCCCAGAGGAUUUCAAGCAGCAACUCUUAAAGGCGAUGCCGGGGAUGAGGAAGUAUGGGCUUGAGUCCGCUGCCAUUUACCUUGAGCAGUGGUUACAGGACAGCUUGCCAUUGGAACCCUUGUUGGACAUAUCAGCGUGCGCUGCCUAUCCUGAGCAGCCUUCCACUGGUGACCUUGCGCCAUCUGUGCAAGAUUUGGAACCAGAACCAGGUCUGUUGUUGGCGGCUGCAAAGGAUGAUUCGACUCACGCAAAGCACUACGUAGCGGCUGCAAAGCGCAACAUUGCGCUGGUCGCAGCGGCUCGCGCGUGGAGGCACGGUGUGCCCUGGGAUGAGGCAUACGAGCUGUGUGACAAGGCAAUCCAGAAAGCUUCAGCAAAGCUGAAGUUGAAGGUGGCCUAUGACAGGUUUGCGUCGUGGCUGGAUCCAGCCCAGCUUCCGCCAAACACCAAUGAACGGAGACACGUCAUGUUUAGUGUGUAUGGCCAUUGGUUUGUUGAAGAACCACAGAUUGUAUUGCUUCCAAGCCCUUUGGUGGGUUUGAGUGAUAUGCCAAUCCCAGAUGCGGCCACGGCGGACAUUGUUGGAGUUCCAGUGAUUCGCAUCUCUCUUGAAAAGUUUGGUGCCAUUAUGGGUGGAGUGCAAAGCCGUCAGAUUGAGGCCCGAACAAGUGACUCGUCCAUAGGAUUGUAA